GUAGUGACGUCAGGCUUCCUGCCAGCUGAGCGCCGCUGUGUCAUUAAGGUUAGCAUUAGCUUCUGGCGGUUCCGGUUGAUCCUGACGUCAGCAGCGUUACUUCGGUGUUGAACUUCGAACCAGAAUCGGAACCGGAUUGGAUCCAUUUAUCUGAUUAGAACCAGAACUAGGUGAGUGUGAGAGCUGUGGAAGGAACCGAACCCAGAACCUGGUGUGAUGCAGCAGCCAUGUCGCUGCAGGCCACUCUGCGCGAGAGGAUCGACUCGGCCCAGACGCUCCUCCAGCGGGCGGAGCAGCUCUGUCCGGGGGUCGAAGGUCAUCAGAAGCUUUGCGGCAAACUGCGUGCCGAGCUGCGCUUCCUGCGGCGCGUGGAGGCCGGAGAGCUGCAGGUCAAAGAGUCUCACCUGCACAGCACCAACCUGACGCACCUGACUGCCAUCGUGGACUCUGUUCAGAACCUGGAGAACGUGGCAGCGCUGCUGCACGUCUUCAAGUACCAGGACGCAGCCGGACGCCGCCGCACGCUGGUGGUGGACGUGGUGGCUAACGACGGCCUCACCUGGGUGAAGGCGGUGGGCCGCAAGGCAGAGGCUCUACACAACAUCUGGCAGGGGCGGGGCCAAUACGGAGACAAAAGCAUCGUCCGGCAGGCCGAAGAGUUCCUGCAGGCCAGCCGCCAGCAGCCCGUCAACUACCGCCACCCCCGCGUCGUCUUUGCCUUCUACAACGGCGUGUCCUGCCCCGUGGCCGACCGCCUGAGGGACAUGGGCGUGUCCGUCCGCGGAGACAUCGUGGCCGUCAGCAGCGUGGAGGAGGAGGAGGGAGACGACGAGGACGGGGAGGAGCCUGAGGACGGGGAGGAGCCUGAGGACGGGGUGGAGCCUGAGGACGGGGAGGAGCCUGAGGAUGGGGUGGAGCAUGAGGACGGGGAGGAGCCUGGUGACGGGGCCGGGUUUGAGGACGGGGCGGAGGCGUGGGCUGUGACCCGCGUGGACCGCAGCACGGUGGUGGCCCGCCUGGCGUUCCCCGUCCAGCUGCAGGUGGAGGAGUCCCAGCGGGUGAACCUGGACAUCACCACGCUCAUCACCUACGUGUCAUCGCUGAGUCACGGCCGCUGCCACUUCAGCUUCAGGGAGCCGGUUCUGACGGAGCAGGCGGCUCAGGAGCGCCGGCAGCAAGUGCUGCCCCAACUGGACGCCUUCAUGGAGGGCAAGCAGCUGUUUGCCUGCCGCGCCGCCGUGCGUGACUUCCAGGUGAUCCUGGACACCCUGGGGGGGCCGGGGGAGAAGGAGCGGGCUCAGAAGCUGCUGGCCCGCCUCUCCCUGGUGGACGACCAGCCGUCAGAGCGCACGCAGCGCCUCACGCCCAGCGCCAAGAUCAACCGCCGCUCCCUCAUGAUCUUCGGCACCGGCGACUCCCUGAGAGCUGUCACCAUGACGGCCAACAGCCGCUUCGUCAGGGCAGCGGCCAAUCAGGGCGUCCGCUACAGCGUGUUUGUCCACCAGCCCAGAGCUCUGACUGAAGGCAAAGAGUGGAGAGCCACGCCCCUCUGAGCAGGCCCCGCCCACUGGUCUGCUCAUCAUCACGGAAAGUCCAGCUGUGACUGUAGUCCUUUCAGAAUAAAGGCAGCGAUGCUCUGAUUUCU